GGUAUGAAGAAUGGUUUUGAGAAAGUGAUGUUUCAAGUAUGUAGAAAACCCGGGUUGUGCUGUAAUAAGCCAGUCUUGCAUGUAUACCAAGACGAAAAUGAUGAAUGCUACAGCCUUCUUCAAUCUAAGCAGCAAUUGGCACGCUCGGUCCAUCUACACGCAUCACUCAAACGAGACACAUGAACAAAGCAAAAGAAAGUCUCGCACUCGUUGCACAAUGGCCGAAAUCACGGAAAAUCCACGGCCUUAUAUGCAUUCCACGUCGCUCGCUCCACCACGCCACGCGUCCCAGCAGUCACCACGCAGCACGAGAGAGGGGGGAUGGGAUUAACCCCCAAAGUCGCGAAGGCCCCCCUCCCAAAAAAAAUCGCCGUCUGCAAUGAGGCCCGAAAAAAACGCGGCUUCUUCGGCUCAUUUCCCAUGUCGUUUGAAGCGGGCGCAAAACGUCAUUGUUACAAGUGCAAAACUCGCCAACUUUUCCUUUGUUGCUUACCGUGUGGGACGCCGCGCGCACCAUGUCAGGCGUGGGUUGAGGGGCGGUUUGCGAGUCGUACACAAUGGCUUAUC